AUGAAACUCCGUCUGUUUUUGUUAUUUAUUAAAAACGUCAUUAGUUUUGAAGUUAUUGAACUGGAUGGUGAAUUUCUUAGACACGGCGGAAAGCCAAUAUUAAGAAACGAUAUAAAAACAAAAAACCAUGAAGUUUAUUUUGAUACGGACAAUGAUAGAAGGGGGCUAGACAGUGAUGAAGAAAUAAAGACUCUAUUGGAGGAGAAAUACAAGUUUAGAAACGAUGAGACAUCUACUAGAUAUAGAAUUACACAUGACGAUAGAGAGUUCUCAGAGUCACCAGACGAACAACAUCUAGCGUGGGUCUUUCGUUCGUAUGCCGUCCGAAGAAUCGUCGGCGGCAUGGAGACGAGCAUCAACAUGUAUCCGUACAAUGUCGCAAUAUCUAGGAACGGGAAGCACUGGUGCGGGGGAGCUGUCAUCGACGAGCAGUGGGUUUUGACUGCUGGACACUGCCUGGAUUCGUUUUCUUUUUGCCUGAAUACACCCCCCGGCAGUGCCGACUACGACUUCAGCCUGGCCCGUUUAGACAGGCCGCUACCAAUCGGGAGGAACAUAGCAGUCUUGAACCUUCCUUCUCGGGACUUUGCGAUCAAGGAAGACGAUAUUCUCCUCGUCUCUGGGUGGGGAAGUACAGAUAAAUCCGGUUACGGUCACAUUCCGGACCGGCUACGUUUCGUUCCCGUACCGAUUAUGAAACUAGAAGAAUGUCAGAAAGCGUACAAGUUCUACAUAACACCAAGAAUGCUGUGCGCUGGGUACGCUACUGGUGGGAAGGACGCUUGUAACCAUGACUCUGGAGGCCCAGCUGUACGUGACGGCGUACUUUUGGGCUUAGUGUCAUUUGGAGGCAAACAGUGCGGUGACCCUCGCUCUCCAGGAGUCUACAGCCGAGUGUCAGAGGUCACGGAGUGGGUGGAAGCAACAGUAACAGCCAAUGAAGCUAUCAACGUUCCAGAGCUCAGACCCAAGAUAUUGAAAGCGAGACAGAGCGAGAAAGAACUGCAGAAAUUCAAAGCCCAAGUGGAGGACAAAAAGAACAAAAUCAAGGACUGGCUGCGUGAAACCCUUAGCUCACCCACGUUUCUGGAGCUCGCGAAAAGAAAACUCAAAGAGGCUGGCUUAAAACUGAGAAGGCGCUUCAGAAGGACAUACAGUGAUAACGAAAUCAUGGAUGAUAGAAUGAUGGACGACGCAAACCUCUCUAACCAGAUUAACGAACGGAUACUUGGUGAUGGGGAAGAUAACGAAGCGGAGGCCCUUCUCAGAAUGAUGGCCAUUCAAGAAAUAAUGGCGGAUAGGAAAGAUGACGCUGUUUUAUACGGAAAUGGGAAUGAGGGGGGAAGAAGCACCGAUAAGAGUGCCUUAAUAGCUUUUAUUACUUAA